GCCGAAAAGCACGGCAUGCAACAUCGCAAGCACGUACUGAAGAAACACUGAAAAGCUCCGCGAUGUCCGGAUCAUGUGUGGGAACCACCGGUAGUAGAUAAUAGCGGCGAUUUUUUCGGACAUUCUCAGACGAUGCACUAAACGGACGCGUCGAUAAUUUUAUUUAUUUUAUUUUUAAAUAAUUGACGUUUUACAUGUGUUCCUGCGACAGGCCGAUGCGAAGACAAUUUACUACAAUGCGACAGUGUGUGUCAGCUGUGCGACCUCUUGCUUGUGUGCGUGGUGUUUUGCUUGUGUUGUGCAUGGAAGUUGCGUUUUCCGAAGCGAUUAGGAUAAAGAGGGAACUGCUUGGAGACAAUGUGCAAUCCUAUUUGAUGCAGUUCGGGUACAUGGAACAUCGGGAUGAUGUCGCCAGCGCGUUUCGAACAGAGGAAUCUAUAAGGGACGCCAUCAAAGAGAUGCAGAAGUUCGCCGGCUUGCCGGCGAGCGGCGUCCUGGACGCCGCGACGGAGAAACUGUUACGGACACCGCGGUGCGGACGUCCGGACAAGGAACGCGGACAGACAUCCGGCAGAAGGAAACGGUUCGUCGCACACGGCUCACCGUGGCCUAAGACCAACCUUACCUGGAGUUUAAAGAGUUGGGAUCGAUUGAACAAAGCGGAUGUCAUCAAGGUGCUCGGUAAGGCGCUUCAGGUCUGGUCCAAACAUUCCAAACUCGAAUUCCGAAAUGUGGACGAAACAAGAACGGCCGACAUCAACAUACAAUUCUACAGACUCGACCACGGCGACAGGUUCCCCUUUGACGGCAAGGGAAUUGUGUUGGCGCACGCCUUCUUUCCCAGCAGCUCCGGUUCCCCUAUCGACGUCCACUUCGAUGCCGACGAAUCGUGGAUCAUGCAAGGUCAAACUGAACCAGGCAGCACGAAUUUAUUCAACGUAGCUGCCCACGAAUUUGGACAUUCUCUAGGACUAGGACAUUCUAGUGUAGAAAAUGCCCUUAUGUACCCUUGGUAUAAAGAAAUGGUAGACGGAUUCGAUUAUGAACUCCCAGAAGAUGACAGAAAUGGAAUCCAACAACUUUAUGGUCGUCGUGAAACCGGCCAAAUAUGGGAUAAUAUUCCUGUGUACAGACCGCCACCUCCAAGACCUCCAACCACAACAACAACUCCCAGACCUCACACGCCAUCCACCAGACGUCCGCAUAUACCUUACAAUCCCUAUCAUGGUCACCAGAAUCCACCCUAUAACCCCAGAACUGAGAAAAAUUAUUACCCCAACAAGCCCAUGAACCCGGAUAAGAAACAUUACAACAAAAACAACGGAUACCCAGACCCAAGGUAUUAUCCAACGAAAGAUCCAAAACAUCACCACCACCACCAUCACCAUCAAAAUCAUAACCCCCACCAUCACAUCCCGGAAAGACGUCCAACUGAAACGCCACAUAGAAUACCCGAAAGACACCACCCUAAAAAGAUAUACCCUGGAACUGGAAUAGACGGUGUCCGACCCGGUAAUCCAGAGAGACCAACAACCAGAGUUUCUAGCAGAAACCAUCCAGUGAAGGAGUCGAAACCUCCACCGGACACUUGCGAUACGUCCUACGACGCGGUUGCCACCAUAAGACGCGAAGUGUUCAUAUUUAAAGAUGCAUACUUGUGGAGAAUAGGUGAACAUGGUUUGUUGCCGGGUUAUCCUGCGUUGAUCCACCGUUUGUGGAACUCCAUACCGAAAGAUUUGGAUCACGUGGAUGCCGUAUAUGAAAGACACGACGGAAAAAUUGUUUUCUUUAUUGGUCGAUUGUAUUACGUGUUUACUGGUCAACGACUCGAGCCCAACUUUCCUCGACCCAUCACCGAUUUGGGACUACCACAGGACCUUGAAAAAAUUGAUGGCGCCAUGGUAUGGGGCCAUAACGGACAUACUUACUUUUACAGUGGCGACAAAUACUGGAGGUUCGACGAAAAGGAGCAAAGAGUUGAAUUGGAUUAUCCGAGAAAAAUGGGAAUGUGGAAAGGAGUUGGAACCGACAUCGAUGCAGUAUUUCAAUGGAGAGAUGGAAAAACAUAUUUCUUCAAAGAUAAAGGUUACUGGAAAUUCAACGAUAUGUACAUGAGAGUGGAACACAGUGAACCAAAACCAUCUGCGCCAUUUUGGAUGGGUUGCUCUGAUAAUUUCGAGAGUAACGACAUCGGUCAAAAACUGCCAUACAAAGAUCUCUCAUCAGGCAAUGCCAAAACUUCAACAAGUCUAGCUGCUUUUAUGAUUGUGUUCACCGUUGUUUUUAGUGUUUUUUAAUUGUUUGCAUUAUUUUUCGAAAAAAAAAAACAGGGUAAAAAACUAUAAUAGCUUUGGAAAAACCGCUUCUAAUGAAGUAACAAAGUAUACACAUGACAAAGGCCAUGACAAUUAUUUAUUUUUUUAGCUAACAACAAAAACUGCCCCUAUUUUAUUUUCCACUUAUUUUAAUUCUACAUAUCAUUUUUUUCUCUUUGAUUUGUGAAUUUUGUUUAAAAGACUGAUGAUUCGAUCUAAAUUAAAAAUAGUUGCGCUUGUACAACAUAUGAUAUCAAAGACACAAUUUUCAAAACAAUACAGGCUUCAAUAUCUGUGAUAUUUUUUGCAUAUUUAAAUAAACCUGUCGUGGUUGUGUCAAAUAGAAAUUCAUUGCAAUCGUAACAAUAUUAGCUAUUCCCAACAAUAAUUUUUAUAAUUGCCCAAAAAACCAAAGCAAUACAGUAAUUAAAAAUGCCUAUUAAUUAUAAACCAUUUACAUUAUACGCAAUAACUACUUAUAAAAGUGAAUAAAUGAUAAAGAAUAAUCGGAUGUUUACAUGCGAUAAUCAUCAUGUUUGUGCUAGAUAAAUAUUAUAUAUGUAUGUGAAAGAGUAUAUCAACAGCAAAAAUACUUUACAUAUAUAAUGUCCGAAAAAACAAUCUUCAAUGAAGAUUUGUAGAAAAAUAAUUGUGUUCUAUUUCUUCUAUUUUAUGCGUUUAUAUUUAUAUUUGCAACUAAAUUAAAUUAUGUUUUAAGUAUUUGUAUAUUAAGAUUGUAAAUAUUAUGUAUUUCUAGUUUAAUGAAGUGUAAAGUUGGUGCAAUUAUGGGUUUAUAUAUUAUUAUAUCACGACUUACCUUUCCAAAUAUUUUUUUAUAACAAUUAGAUAAGUGCCUAAUCCAUUUUUGCAACAACUUAAUUCAUAAGUGUAUUUUUUAUAUCGAUUAUUUAAGUAUAUUAUUUUAUUAUUUUAUUAGAAUAUAAUUAUA